GAGAGAGAGUGUUGGACGGAGACGAGACAUGACAUCCCUUGCCUCCUUGGAUGCUUCGGUUUAUCAGCCGACGCAGUUGCUCAAUUGGGUGUACCUGACCCUAGCUGACCAGCCCCAGUCCGCUGACCAGACUAAAUAUGGAAUUUCCCCGGUGUACAAUGGGCUACCAAAUUCCGGUAGCUAUGGAGGCUACACGAACGGAGGCUACAACAGUCCUGUGGGCACGAUUAAUGAGCUGACAGAUCUAUUUAACGACCUGAGUUUUGACUGCAAACCCACGAAAAGGCCACCCCCCAGCUACUUAUGCCACUUGUGCUUCAAAAAGGGACACUACAUCAAAGAUUGUCCCCAGGACUGUGUGUUGUGUGCGCAGGCCAGACCGAAGGGUGAAGGACUCACGCCGUACCAGGGAAAGAAACGGUGCUUCGGGGAAUACAAGUGCCCCAAAUGCAAGAGGAAGUGGAUGAGUGGCAACAGUUGGGCCAACAUGGGACAGGAAUGCAUCAAGUGUCACAUCAAUGUCUAUCCUCACAAACAGAGACCUUUAGAAAAACCGGAUGGCUUGGACGUAUCGGAUCAAAGCAAAGAACACCCUCAGCAUUUGUGUGAAAAGUGUAAAACUGUGGGAUAUUACUGUCGGCGCGUCCAGUAACUGGGCUUUCGUGUUUACUGUUAUACUUAUUUUCUGUACGGUUGAUUUUGAUUUUAGUCAAUUUACAAUUGUUUCGAAAAGAAAAAAAAAACAUGAAUUCAAAAGACUAAGAAAUCAACUACUUGAUGUUUAUUGAAAGUUGUAAGAACACAUUUCCAUAAACAUGCAUACGUGCAAUUGAAGUACCCUGAUUUUAUUUUAAAACUUUUGCUUUCUGGUUACAACACCACACACACACACACAGUCAAUGUAUGUCUGUAUCCAAUAAAA